CUGCAAAUCCCCAAGCGCAGAGGGAGACGCACUCCUACUCUGGGCGUGCCAACCACGACCAAGAGAUGCUACUUGAGUGCAAGUAGCCCACCGAACCACCACCAUGGCGACGGGAUCAGCCACUCCCGGCGCCCCUCCACCCCCAGCAGGCCCUCCGACGCAGAAAGUUAGCGACGUCAUAACAGCCUUUAGGCCUUCGAGACGCUUCAAAUCCCCCAGCCCCAGCACCUCCAUCACCUCCCUCGACUUCGACGACACAGGCGAGCUCGCCAUCGUAGCACGCGACGACGACACGCUCCAGAUCUACAACUGCAAGGAGGGCAAGCACGCGAAGGAGCUCAAGAGCCAGAAGUACGGCGUGCAUCUCGCGCGCUUCUCACACCAUGCGCAGAGUAUCAUCUACGCCAGUACGAAGGUGGACGACACAAUUCGCUUCCUCUCUACGCACGACAACUCCUACAUCCGCUACUUCAAAGGGCAUACGGAUACGGUGACCUCAAUCGGACUAUGUCCCUCCUCUGAUCAGUUCAUAUCGUGCUCCCGCGAUAACACCGUCCGGUUGUGGAACCUGCAGUCGCCUAACUUCUACGGCCUGCUCAACCUCCACGCUCCCUAUCUUGCAUCCUACGACCCCUCUGCUACGGUUAUUGCCAUCGCGUCUCCUCCCACACACUCCGUUCUUCUCUACGACGUGCGCAACUUCGACAAACCGCCAUUUGCCAGCUUCGACCUGAUGGAACUUGAGCAGCGCUUCCUGGGUCCACAGGGCGGAGAAUGGACAAAGAUGGAGUUCACAAAUGAUGGAAAGAGUCUGAUUAUCAGCACAACGGGCAGUGGCCACUUCGUCCUGGAUGCCUUCUCAGGCGAGAUCACACACUUCUGCUACCGCAAAUCCGGACACUCGGGUCGCCUCGCCCCGGGAGCAGCACCCCCAGGCCACGGCGCAAACGCAGCGAAUGGAACAAGUGCGGCACUCGGACAGGGUGAUGUUUGCGCAACUCCCGAUGGCCAAUACCUCGUAGGCGGCAGCGGAGAGGAAGGACUCCUCGUCUGGGACAUUGCGAAGGCCCCGACAGCGAACAACUACCUCGAGCCGAUAGAAGCGCUACCCGGCCACGGCAAAGCGGCAAUCGUAGGAUACAACCCGAGGACGAAUCUCAUGGCGAGCGCGGAUAGGGAUCUCUUGCUCUGGCAGCCAGACCCGGAUCUCAUGAUGUAAGAGGACGUUGCAUGAAGAACAUUUUGAUCUUUUUAGUUGUUCUACCUUGGCAAGAUAGGAUACUAACAGGUAUGUCAAGACCAGAUGUGCAGCUGGCGAGGAUGCAUGGCCUGAAGAUCGGAGAAUGAGCCGGAUACAACGGGAGCGCAACGCGCAGGCUUUGGGAAGGAACGAGCGCGUGCUCGGGCAGGAUGAGCAGCUCCGGCAAAGUAAACUCGAAUCUCCACUACGGCCAAAAUGGGAGCCGGCCGAUGAUCCCGGACAGGCGGCUUUCAGAGUAUUGGGAGAGGGUGAUCUAGUAAGCUCCGCGCGCAGCUAGUGCACAUUAGCAGAAAUAUUGGAGGAAAUGAUAGAAAGUAGACAGGCAUAUUCGCCGCCUAAGCAGCGUCCUGCUUCUUUGCU